CUCUCUCUCUUUCUCUCACGGCCCCAAGAUGGCGGAGUACGACUUGACCACCAAGAUCGCGCACUUCUUGGACCGCCACUUGGUCUUCCCGCUGCUGGAGUUCCUGUCCGUCAAAGAGAUAUACAAUGAAAAAGAGCUACUCCAAGGAAAACUGGAUCUCCUUAGUGACACGAACAUGGUGGAUUUUGCUAUGGAUGUGUACAAAAAUCUGUAUUCUGAUGAAAUUCCACAUGCUUUGCGGGAGAAGAGAACUACUGUCGUUGCACAGCUGAAGCAGCUUCAGGCUGAAACUGAACCUAUAGUCAAGAUGUUUGAGGACCCAGAGACUACAAGGCAAAUGCAGUCCACUAGGGACGGUCGGAUGCUCUUUGACUAUUUAGCUGAGAAGCAUGGUUUUAGGCAGGAGUACCUAGAUACCCUCUACAGGUAUGCAAAAUUCCAGUAUGAAUGUGGCAACUACUCAGGAGCUGCAGAAUAUCUCUACUUCUUUAGAGUUCUGGUUCCAGCAACGGACAGAAAUGCUCUGAGUUCUCUGUGGGGAAAACUGGCAUCUGAAAUCCUGAUGCAGAAUUGGGAUGCAGCCAUGGAAGACCUCACAAGACUUAAGGAGACAAUAGAUAACAAUUCUGUCAGCUCUCCACUGCAGUCUCUUCAGCAAAGAACAUGGCUCAUCCACUGGUCUUUGUUCGUGUUCUUUAAUCAUCCUAAAGGGAGAGACAAUAUCAUUGACCUUUUCCUCUACCAGCCACAGUAUCUUAAUGCCAUUCAAACAAUGUGCCCACAUAUCCUCAGAUAUCUGACUACUGCAGUCAUAACAAAUAAGGAUGUCAGAAAGCGCAGACAAGUGCUGAAAGAUCUAGUCAAGGUUAUUCAACAGGAGUCCUACACGUACAGGGACCCUAUCACAGAGUUUGUGGAAUGUUUGUACGUUAAUUUUGAUUUUGAUGGUGCGCAGAAGAAGCUGAGAGAGUGUGAAACUGUGCUUGUGAAUGAUUUCUUCCUGGUGGCGUGCCUCGAGGACUUCAUAGAGAACGCUCGGCUCUUCAUAUUUGAGACCUUCUGCCGCAUCCAUCAGUGCAUCAGCAUUGGCAUGCUGGCAGAUAAACUAAAUAUGACUCCUGAAGAAGCAGAAAGAUGGAUUGUCAAUCUAAUUCGAAAUGCACGAUUAGAUGCCAAGCUGGAUUCAAAGCUGGGCCAUGUAGUCAUGGGCAACAAUGCAGUCUCACCUUACCAGCAAGUGAUUGAGAAGACCAAAAGCCUGUCUUUUCGUAGUCAAAUGUUGGCUAUGAACAUCGAGAAGAAAUUGAAUCAGAGCGGUAGAUCUGAGGCACCUAACUGGGCUACUCAAGACUCGGGCUUCUACUGAAAUACUUCUGCAGAGGGGGAAGAAAAAAAUCAGUCUUCAUUUGACUGAAAAAGAACAUAAAUAUGUAACUUCUUUUGAGAAAAGAUAAUUGUGUUCCAUCUAGCAGCAUUUGAAUAAAAUUGGCUAAUUAACAGUCUGUGCAUCUCUGUAACUUAAAUAAUGAGUUAAUUAUGCUGUAUUGGGGGAUUUUCAGCAUAAUGGUGUUCUGAAGUAUUUUAGG